GGGCUCCGGGUCCCGAGGUCUCAGACGACGCGGUCGGGUCGGGGCGGUUGACCCGCGCAGCCCGUGGUCCCGCCGCCGGCUUCGCCCCGCGAUGGCGUCCUGGCUGCCGCUGGUGUGGCUGCUGGGGCUGCUCCCGGGCGCGGCCCCCGCCCCGCCCCGCCGGGACGCCGGCGCGCAGGCCUGGGCGCCCGCGGCCCCGGAGCUGCUGCGGCGGCCCGUCCGCUUCGCGCUGGACACCUACAGCCGCGGCCUGGCGGCCGGGGCGCGCGCCGUGCCGGGCGCCGUGAGCGGCCGCGUCCGCCGGGCGGGCCGGGGGGCGCUGUACGCUCUGGAGGUGACGCUGGAGGAGCUGCCCUGCAAGGACCCCGCGGAGUGCCAGCUCCCUGUGCCCAGGAGAACCCUGCUCUGCAGCUUUGAAGUCCUCUCCGAGCUAGGGAAGCACGCGUUGCUGAAGCAGCACUGUGGCCCAGUGGACACCGAGAUGAAAGGUGCUGGGAGAGCCCAAGGUUGCGGACAGCCCGGAGCAGACUUCACUCGGGGUUCAGCCUUGAUCUCUUUGUUCCAAUCCUUUCCAGAGGACAACAAUGAGACGCUCAGCCCAUUCCUCCCCCUGUUGGACAGGGACCCUCUACCCCAGGACUUUUAUGUGAAAAUGGCUUCACUCUUCAAGGACUUCAUCACCACCUAUAACCGGACAUACGAGACCGAGGAGGAAGCCCAGUGGCGCAUGUCCGUCUUUAUCAACAACAUGAUACGAGCACAGAAGAUCCAGGCCCUGGACCGUGGCACAGCUCAGUAUGGAGUCACCAAGUUCAGUGACCUCACAGAGGAGGAGUUCCGCACCUUCUACCUGAAUCCCCUCCUCAAAGGGGGGCCUGGCAAGAAGAUGCGCCUAGUCAAGUCCGUCGGCGACCCUGCCCCACCUGAGUGGGACUGGAGGAGAAAGGGGGCUGUCACCAAAGUCAAGAACCAGGGCAUGUGUGGUUCUUGCUGGGCCUUCUCAGUUACAGGCAACGUGGAGGGCCAGUGGUUCCUGAAACGGGGGGACCUACUCUCCCUCUCGGAGCAGGAGCUCGUGGACUGCGACAGAGUGGACAAGGCCUGCAUGGGCGGCUUGCCCUCCAACGCCUAUUCGGCCAUAAAGACUUUGGGAGGGCUGGAGACGGAGGAUGACUACAGCUACAGUGGCCACCUGCAGACCUGCAGCUUCUCUGCAGACAAGGUCAAGGUUUACAUCAAUGAUUCGGUAGAGCUAAGCCAUGAUGAGCAAGAGCUGGCAGCCUGGCUGGCCACGAACGGCCCCGUCUCCAUUGCCAUCAACGCCUUCGGCAUGCAGUUCUACCGCCACGGAAUCUCCCACCCCCUGAGGCUUCUCUGCAGCCCCUGGUUCAUUGACCACGCUGUGCUGCUUGUGGGCUACGGCAACCGCUCUGACGUUCCCUUCUGGGCCAUCAAGAACAGCUGGGGCACUGACUGGGGUGAGGAGGGCUACUACUACUUGCAUCGUGGGUCUGGGGCCUGUGGUGUGAAUGCCAUGGCCAGCUCAGCAGUAGUGAACUGAGGAGCACCAGCUCAGGACCUGGUGCUGACCAGGGCAGUCUCUCCCCAGCCUGACCAGCACUUCCAGGCCCCUCCCCAGCUGGCUCAGGGAUGGGUGCCGGGUGCCUCAGGGUGAGCCAAGGGCACUGGGCGAGGGGUACAGCCCCUCCCCCCUUCCCCCAGCUCCUGCUCUGAAGUUCCCAGGCUGCACCUUGGUUACGCUGUGGUAGCUGGGAGGGUCUGGGUGAAGGAGGAUGUCUUGGCAGCUGAGUUGGGCCAAGAACCCUGGGCUCAGGCAAGGAACAGGUGGGAAGCAGAUAUUUUGGUGUUGAAUUCAGCUUGUCCUGGCUUCCUGGCCUGGCUUUUCUCUGACGUUGCAAAUUCUGGUCCCCUGGAGGCGGGGACAGUGUCCCCUUUCAUGUCUAGACAGACUGUUGUAACCACCCUUUUCUAACAGCAAUAAAGGUGUCCUCACUCCA